CGUGAGAGCGGAUCUAAAGCUUGUGACUUCUACUUACGGAAUAUAAUACGAAGAGAAAAAAUUCUCCUUUAUAUACAAUCGGAGCAUUAUCUAUCGUACUUCGUCGGACUAUCCUUGGCUAUAUAUCUUCAUUGAAUUUCUUUUUUGAUUUGACUUACAAGAUUUACAUUGAAGAUACAAUGGAAGAUACGGUAAAUAAUAGUGCAAAUAAUACGGUUGAAAAUAACGCUGAGAAUGUGAAGCCUACUCCGAAAAAGGAUGCGAAAACGAAAGCACAACGACCGAAAUCGUCGCAUCCUCCAACCUCUAAAAUGGUUACUGCUGCCAUUAAAGAGUUAAAGGAUCGUAAGGGCUCGUCGUUGCAGGCUAUUAAAAAAUAUAUCGUUGCUACUUAUAAAGUUGACGGUGAAAAAGUUGCACCGUUUAUAAAACGAUAUUUAAAGACGGCAGUUUCGUCGGGAUCUGUUGUUCAAACUAAAGGAAAAGGUGCAUCAGGAUCCUUCAAACUUUCAACCGAAACCGUCAAGCCAAAACCUCAAAGAUCUCCUAAAAAGAAAAAAGCUACGGAUAAAUCUGUGGAGAAAAAGAAUGUUGUAGCAAAUAAACCGGCCAAUAAUAAUAAGAAAGCUAAAUCACCGAAGAAGGUUGCCGAGACUGCAAAGAAAUCUGCAGAUGAAAAGAAAGUUAAAGUAGCGUCUCCUAAAUCUGGUAGUACUAAAGCCGGUGUUAAGACUGUUGCUAAAGCUGCUGUUAAAACUGCUGCUGCUGCUAAUGCCGCAGCCGCUGCUGCUGCAGCUGAAAAGAAAACUACGAAAAAGACAGCGGCACAAGCCAAAACUAUAUCAAAAACAAAGAAAACUGCAAAAGCACCAGCCGCUAAAACUAAAACUCCAAAACCCAAAAAAGCUACGACCAACAAAGCUACUGCUAAAAAAUAAUUUUACAAAUAUAAAUACACACAAAUGGCCCUUUUCAGGGCCACAAAUAUUUUUUUUUAAAUAAGGACAAUCUCGAUUAUAUCACUUGUUUUUAUGAAAGUUUUAUUUCAUAAAUUUCUCCUUCGUUUCUACCUCGUACCUUCGUUAAUAACGCAAUCAUGUUGUUUGAUUUACA